AUGGCCACUAUUCUUAGUCGGUCUGGUCCUUUUACAGACCCAGAUUAUACACCAGAAUUUGGUCUAGAGUCCCUUGUUACGAGCAAGGUUCUUGUGCUCGGCGCAGGAGGGUUGGGAUGCGAGAUUUUAAAAAACCUCGUCCUCUCUGGGUUCCGCCAUAUUGAGUGCAUUGACAUGGAUACGAUCGAGACUAGCAACCUGAACCGCCAAUUUCUGUUUCGAUCCGCUGACGUGGGGAAGUCAAAGGCCAUUGUCGCGUGCGAGUUUGUCUCCAGGCGCUUAGCACGCCGAGGACUAACCAUUGUUCCUCACUUUUGCAAGAUUCAAGACUUUGACGACGAUUUCUACUCGCAAUUCUCCAUUAUCGUGUGUGGACUAGACAGUAUUGAAGCCAGACGGUGGAUGAAUGAGAAGCUUGUGUCUUUGGCAGCAACCACGGGCCACAUCAUUCCCUGGAUCGAUGGAGGAACCGAAGGAUUCCAGGGAUCGGUCAAGCUCAUGAUCCCCACCAUAACAGCGUGUUUCGAGUGCUACAUGAAACUGGUUCCUGUCCAAACAACAUACCCCCUGUGCACGCUGGCCUCAACGCCUCGAUUACCGGAGCACUGCAUCGAAUGGGCUCAUGAACUCGAAUGGCCCAAACGCUACCCAGAUAUGGAUUUCGACGCCGAUAUUCCUGAACACGUGGACCUCAUGUACCAGCUGGCUAAGGAGCGCGCUAGCCAGUUUGGCAUCGAGGGUGUCACGAAGGCCAAGACGCUCGGAGUGGUGAAAAACAUCAUUCCAGCAAUUGCGUCGACAAACGCAGUCAUUGCCGCCGCAUGCUGCCACGAGUGCUUCAAAUUUGUCACUUCGUGCGCGGAGAACAUGCGUGACUCCAUGUACUACAACGGAGAGACAGGAGUGGUGUGUGUUUCCGAUCCGUACGACAAGGCCGCAGACUGUGCCGUGUGUGCCAGCUUACCUCAAGAUUAUGUCAUUGAGGAGGGGUGCACGCUAGCCCAGUUUGUGGCCGGGGCCACACAGAAGUUUGGGCUCCAGCAGCCGUUGUUCUUCACAGCGGAGGGCGACUUGUACAACUCGAAAAAACCUGACGCUUUUGUGACGGAUAUUCCUGUGGUUAAAUUAAUUCCGUUCGCGGAUCGAGUUGCCAAAAUGCAAAUUAAUAUCGUCGACAGUUCAAGUCCGUCCACGCUAAAGCUGGUACUCAGGGUGGAGUGA